GCCUAAGCCCAGUCUGUGAGUGAAAGAAAAAAAAGCAUAGUAAACGGGAGCAAUAAUACGCAAUGAAAGCCGGACGACUUUUCGCUCGAAGACGUUAACUCUCUGCGGCGAUCGACGGUGAUUGAUUAUCACGUACUGUUACGAGAUGGCUUGACAGCAAAGCCGAAAGAUGUUGCCUGAAAUAGAGGCAAACAUUGAAAACAUGACAGAAGGAGGAGAAACUCAACCCAGUGGUGAAAGAGGACCUCAAAGUGUUACUGAGUCGCGAGUGGUUCAAGGUGAAGGUCUUCAUGAGGGAGCCACAGAAGCAAACUUUUCUGGACCAUGUCAAGAGAUUUUAAUGACUCAUGGUUUGGAACAAGAAGGCAGCGAUGUAGCAAGUGUUCAUACUGCUAGUACCUCUGCAUCUGGAAAUGAGUCUAUUUCAAGUAAAGUGACAGUAGUGCUGCCCUGGGGUGCUCAAAAAGAGACCAUGAAACCUCAGCAAUUGGGAGAAAUGGAUUUAAAACCAGGUGAAUAUGUGAUGCGAUCACUCUUCACUGAUUUUACAAUUCAAGCUGAAAAGAAAAUAGAGGCUAUUAUGACUGAAAAUGAAAAACCACUUUCUAAAGUUUUACAAAGAGGAGAAGAUCCUCAAUUUGAUCAGCUUUUAUCAGCUUUUGGAACAGUUGCUGAACAUUGCCUUCCAUCUAUACUUCGAUCUUUAUUUAAUUGGUAUGAAAGACAACUUGCAGAUCAUGGAACAGAUCAAAAAAAAUUAGCUGCUGUAAAAGAAGACCAAAAAGGAAAAAGUAUUAUGUAUACUAUAGUAUCAGGAAGCGUCGAGACAGUUGAAAAAAGUGAAAAUGAUUUACUUCAAGAAAGAAGAGAUUUGGCUGUGGAAUUUAUAUUUUGUUUAAUGUUAAUUGAAAUUUUGAGACAGUUACCAUUCCAUCCGGGUCACGAGGAUUUAGUUACGUAUAUUGAAAAUAUUGCCUUCAAACAUUUCAAAUACAGAGAAGGAAUUCAAACAGAACCUAAUGCAGCUAAUAUCCAUAUAAUCGCAGAUUUAUAUGCUGAAGUGAUAGGAGUUCUUGCACAAUCUCGAUUCAUGUCCGUUCGUAAACGUUUCAUGGUCGAGCUGAAAGAACUGAGAGCUAAAGAACCUGGACCACAUACAACUCAGAGUAUUAUUUCAUUACUCAUGGGCAUGAAAUUUUUUCGAGUUAAAAUGGUACCAAUAGAAGAAUUCGAGGCAUCUUUUCAAUUCAUGCAAGAGUGCGCCCAAUAUUUUUUAGAAGUGAAAGAUAAGGAUAUAAAACAUGCACUGGCCGGUUUAUUUGUAGAAAUUCUUGUUCCUGUAGCUGCAACUGUGAAAAAUGAAGUUAAUGUUCCUUGCUUAAAAAAUUUCGUGGAAAUGCUGUAUUCUACGACUUUGGAUAUGUGUACGAAGAAUAAGCAUCGUCUCGCACUUUUCCCUUUGGUCACUUGUUUACUGUGCGUCAGUCAAAAGACUUUUUUUUUGCAAAAUUGGCAUUACUUUUUGGCAAUGUGUCUCUCUCAUUUAAAAAAUCGUGACCCAAAAAUGUGUCGUGUCGCCUUAGAGGCUCUUUAUCGUUUGUUAUGGGUAUACAUGAUCCGAAUCAAAUGCGAAAGCAAUUCUGCGACUCAGAGUCGUUUACAGAGUAUCGUGAAUUCCCUUUUUCCAAAAGGUUCAAAAGCUGUAGUACCUCGCGAUACACCGUUGAACAUUUUCGUCAAGAUUAUUCAAUUCAUAGCUCAAGAAAGACUGGACUUUGCGAUGCGUGAAAUAGUUUUUGAUUUAUUGUCGGUUGGUCGACAAGUAAAAAUUAUCCUCACACCAGAACGUAUGAGUAUUGGUUUACGUGCAUUCCUUGUUGUGGCGGAUAGUUUACAACAAAAAGAAGGCGAACCACCGAUGCCUCGAACAAUGGGUGUUUUACCUAGUGGAAAUACUAUGCGAGUGAAGAAGACGUACUUGAAUAAGAUGUUGACCGAAGAUACGGCUAAAAGUAUUGGCAUGUCAUCCUAUUUUCCGCAUGUUCGUCGAGUCUUUGUGGACAUCCUGCGUGCAUUAGAUGUGCACUACGGACGUCCAUUAAUGAUGACGAGCACGCAGAAUAUGAAUAAGGAGCCUGACGAGAUGAUCACGGGAGAACGAAAGCCACGAAUCGAUUUGUUCCGUACGUGCGUAGCGGCUGUACCGAGAUUAAUACCCGACGGUAUGACUGGCGCCGAAUUGGUCGAAAUGCUAGCACGACUUACCGUGCAUAUGGACGAGGAAUUACGGGGCCUUGCUUAUCAGAGCUUGCAGACUCUUGUUCUGGAUUUCCCAGACUGGCGGCAGGACGUCGUGCUUGGCUUCACCCAAUUUCUGGCUCGAGAUGUGCAAGAUACUUUUCCGCAAUUGCUCGACAACGGUCUUCGCAUGUUACUUCAACUUUUGACAUGUUGGAAGAAUGCACUGGCCAAUCCAAGUACAAAAGCAAAAGAACAGCCAGUUGACGGAGUGCGACUUAAUUCGCGAAUGAUCGAUAAUGGCCCGAAGAAAAAUGAUGGGCAAAAAAUCGAGCCGGUUUCAAAUGUUUUACAUCUAGUCGAGGGUUUUGCUCUUGUUAUGCUUUGUAAUUGUCGUCUAUAUCCACGACGUCUCGCCGUCCAUAUAUUAAGAGAAAUCAAACAUUUACUGAAGACGUUUGCUAGUUUAGAAGAUGAUCAGCCUGUGAUUGAUGUGAUUGAUACCUGUUGUCCGGUAGUUUUAGAAAAGUAUUAUUAUAUGCUCCCUCCCGCAGAAAAGGCAGCUGCUGCCUCGACAUCAAACGUCGAUCUUCAAUGGAUUGCAGAUAGAAGCAGUUGCGUUUGGACGGCUGGAAUUCAUGACGAAAACAGCACAAAAAGUUCCUCUUUAUUAAAUUUAAAUGGAGCCGAUCCUUGGAGUUGCUGUUUAUUUGCAUUUUUAGAAAAGGAUAGGGUAUUAACGUUGUGCCCAAAUGCCGUCGCACACUCUUGGCCUAUUGUUUUUAACCGUAUUAAUUCUCUAUUUACUGUCAUAGACCCAACACCAGUAAAUGAUAACAGGGCAUCCCUCUUAAGAAGUUCUACAGCAAUUCGUAAACCAGUUAACGAAAGAGACGUUUACAUGCACGUAUGGAAAAAUUAUUUAACUUUCGGAUAUCGCGUCGUACCACCAAUUCCAAGUCCAAUAAUUCGCUGUGCCAGCCCGGAUCUCAGUUUGAGUGGUCAGCAAACGGUGGAGUUUGGUGUUUUGUGCAUGAGUAAGGAGUUGAGUCAGAGCCUGGAGAACCUCGGUGGGGCGCAGACCCUACCGGGCCGCUUCUCGGUACCUUCAAUAUCCGGCAUCUACACCAGACACAAGCGGACCAGCUCCUCGCCAGACAGUUUGUCAGCUGAGCGUGGUGAUAACAAGUCACCCGGCACUAAUGUCAGCCCUUCGGCACUUUAUAAGUUGACGGUACCAUUGCUCAGGUGUGAAACUAUCGACGUGAGAGAUGCGGCUGUUCAUGCUAUCGGCAAGGUCAAUGCUGACGCACUAAAAGACUUAAUGGAGGAGCUCGUGCCUUAUAUUCGCGAAGCUGUUGAUCGCAAGCAAGAGAAUAUGAGAAGACGACGACGAAGGGACGCACUGAGAUUACAACUUGUGCGAGUGCUUGAGCUAAUUGCCGAGUAUGGUACUUUUGGAAUUUGUCUUGCAGUAUUAGAUCGUGAGACACAAUCAUUGCAUCCGACCUUCGUGGAAUACAUAGACGGUGCACGCCUUUACCUUGAGAACGAGACGGACAAAGAAGCUCCUGCAGUGCAUGACAUUAAGCUGCAUUUUUGCAACUUCAUCAGGAAAAUGCUGAAGAGCUUUUCGUUGGAGGCAUGUCACACGCUACUCAAACGCGAUUUGCGUCGCAAUUUAUUCACGCUAUUCGCUAGCUGGGCAGGACCAUAUGGUAAACCUUUACUCGCCAGUAUUGUCGUUGCGGAGGACGACAAGGCAUUCUGCUCGGAACUUCAAUUGUCAGCGUUACAAGCAAUGAGCGGUUUAUUAUGCUGUGGAGCGUGUUUUAAUACACAAGCGUUGGCUGAGGAAGGCUCAUUACUCUAUCAGUGGUUGGAUUUGUUGUUGGCUAGCAAGGAUGAGAAAAUUUACACCUUGGCUCGAGAGACGGUAGUGCUAUUACUUGAAGGAAAUCCGGAUAUCGGAGCACUUCUCGACUGGGUGGUUGAUCGCUGUUAUACUGGUUUACCUAAAGUGGCCGACGGCUGUUUUCUCGCUUUGGCGACUAUCUUCAGUGCCAGGGAAUAUCCAUGCGAUCACUAUACGAGUAUCAUCAAUGUGACUCUGAUGAACACCGGCUGUCCACGAGCACCAGUGCACGACGCUGCACUGCAAUUACUUCAACUGCUCGAUCAGCGUUUCUUCGGCAAUGUUCGACCGGCAUUGCCUGCUCCCGAUUCUGACACCGUUCAUGAUGAUUCGACGACAACGGCAAGUGUGGCUGUGGUAUCAGCAACAACAUCGACGACAAUCACAAGCGUGAUAGUAACAGCUGCAGGUGGACACGCGACAACACAGCAGCAACAGCAACAGCAGCAACAACAUCAACAACAGCAACAGUCAAUCAGAGCUGGCACACUCGAUGUCCUUUUAACGACCACAUACUGUCGCAACCAGAAAUACUUGUCGAGGCAACUGGCACAGCUACAUCCUGAACUUACAAUGCCGAUGUUCAGUGAGAUAACUCACAGAUUCCAGACAGCGCGUCGCGAGGUGCGCCAGCUGCUGUUGCAGUACUUGCUACCAUGGCUACAUAACAUGGAACUGGUCGACCCCAAUGUUCCACCACCGUCCAAUCCCCUCAGUUACUAUCAGGUCUACGGUAACGACGUGAGCCGAGGAGGUUGCCGUCGCGAGGGUUGGGGUAGCGUCGAGGCCACUGAAAUGGUGCUGAACAAUCUUUUCUACAUAACCGCCAAGUUUUCGGACGAGCAUCCAAAGGAGACGGAGGAAUUAUGGGCGACAUUGUGCGGUUGUUGGCCGAACAAUCUCAAGGUGAUAAUACGCUACCUCAUAAUCGUGUCGGGCAUGGCACCACAAGAGCUCCUGCCCUACGCGAAGCGAGUGGUGCUGUAUUUAGGUCGAGCACGUCCAGAGCGUUUAGUAGACGAGAUGAUGACGGAAUUACAAACUGUCGAGACGCUUAAUUGCUUAAUCGAGCGGACGCAAACGCCACCGUUCUAUCGAUUAACCAGUAUGCGCAAGGCGUCAUCUCACAGCGACGCACCGGCAGCUGAUCCGGGCAAUCCGCAAGCUAAAGAUCAGCUUGGCCAGCAAGUGGAGAAAGGCACUAUACACACCAAACGUCAUUCCGGCGAGGAUCCAGUGAAAACUGGAGUUUCCAAGUCAGAAACGGCACUGCGAGCGCUAGCUGGCUUCCCGUCAACAAGUCAGAAAUGCACACGAGUAGCGAACAAUUCAGCCCUGGUAGCCGACGACUCGCAAUCGACACCGUUGACGGAGACCGAGUGGUUUGACUUUCAGCUAACAGCUGAUGAUGCCUACUACAUACGUAAUGUGCCGGUCGCGCUCAACGGCAAGAGUAACAGCGCGCAAGGCGAUAAGGUCGACGUGCCGCAACCGCAUCCAUUGCCGAUGCCCGAGUACGGCGGAUACUUUGCUCCGCUUACGGAGUAUUUGCCCGACAGCUCGCAGCCGAUCAGCGGAUUUCACAGAUGUAACAUCGCGGUGAUGUUGUUGACCGAUGUUGUGAUCGACGGUAUCCAGCUGGAUUGGGCUAUUCACGUGCCGCUAAUGCUGCACAUCGUGUUCCUGGGCCUCGACCAUUCACGACCACUCGUGCGUGAUCACUGCCGUCUAUUGCUUCUCAACAUGCUCGUGGUGCUCGGCGAUCAUCGCGAUCAUCUGGGCGUCGCGCGUGUCCUGUUGGCUACGAAGACCGACCAACUUGGACUGGGAUUGUCGAUGCCACCUUUGCCAGUAGUUGAGCACAACUUUACUGAGGUCGAUCCUGAGUUCGACAGCUACCUGUACGGGCCACCAUCAUCGGUGGUACCAGUCGGUCCGACAUCGCCGCAGUCGCAGUCACCGCCAGCGUGUACGCCGCCGUCGUCACCGACACCACCGCCACCACCGCCACUUCCUCCACCACCACUACCACUACCAGCAGUAGCUACAACGAGUAGCGAAACAUCUUCUUCGACAUGUUCCUCCAACAAUGUCAGCCCGGUACAUUCUCCUAUCAACAAUGUUGGUAAUACUCCACCGGCUACCGUCAGACAAGUGCUGCCUGCUAAUCUUGGCGAUGAAACUAAAAAUCCCACCGCCAUUUAUGCUUAUGAUUCCUCGUGUCAGCAAAACAACUGGAACUCAACAAACAAACCAAUAACUACUACACCAGCCGUCAUAGUAACUCCCGAAGAUGGAGUUAACUGGCCAGGACCUCAAUCAGGGCCUAACAUGCCUAUUCAGGACGUUAUUAAAUCAUUGAUCAAUUUCCUGGCAUCCAGGACAAACCAACCGUUAUGGAAUUACGAGGACAUGACGGCGAAGGUAUGGUGGGUGCGAAGCGCCGACCAGCUGACAAUACUUUUGAGGCACGUGUUACGCGUAUUCAGGGAGUCCUUGCCACAUGCGUUAGUGAGUCAGCGAUGGGCGCAGACGGCAUUGCAGCUGGGCCUUUCAUGCUCUUCCCGACACUAUGCCGGUCGUUCUCUGCAGGUGUUCCGUGCUCUUAGAGUGCCAAUCACUUCGCGCAUGCUGUCGGAUAUAUUGUCGAGGCUGGUUGAAACUGUGGCCGAGCAAGGGGAGGACAUGCAGGGUUACGUUACCGAAUUAUUGCUCACCCUGGAAGCUGCAGUGGAUUCUCUUGAAUCCGAUUUCCGACCAUUAGACUUCAUGAAAGAGAUUUUCAAAUCAACACCAAACCUGAAUAAUAAAGAUGCAGCAUCAAGUAUGGCAAAACGUUGCUCGGCAGGAGCAACAGGUUACUAUCCACCUGGGACGCAGAUGUACUCGCAUUUGAAUCAACAAGGCCACAUGCGCAGCACAAGUUACUCGGUUAGCUACUCGACGAGAACUAAAGCUGCUACCACCGCUGCCAACGAAGCUAAAGAAUUGGAAAGUCGACAAAGCAGUGCUAAGUAUAUCAACUCGAAUCUCUCACGCUCGCGUUCGGCUCAGUCUCUAAAGCUACUCGGCGAUUCAGCUACUCAGGAUGACAAAAUGACAAUACUCGCGCAACUAUUCUGGCUCUCUGUCUCAUUACUUGAGUCUGACUACGAGCACGAGUUUCUUCUGGCUUUACGACUUCUCGAUAGAGUAUUACACAGAUUGCCUCUCGAUCGACCUGACGCUAGGGACAAGGUAGAAAAAUUACAACAACAGUUGAGAUGGAAUUCAUUCCCUGGUGUGCAUGCAUUACUUUUGAAGGGAUGUACAAAUCCAAACACGUACGAGCCAGUCGUGACAUUAUUAUCGCAAUUCACUUUAUUGCUGGAUUUACCAGUCGUUGAUCCUACGCAAAGCCUGGCUUUCCCAAUGAACGUCGUUUCGCUUUUGCCCUAUAUGCUGUUAAACUACGAAGAUGCAAAUGAAUUAUGCAUAAGAAGUGCUGAAAACAUUGCUCAAAUAAGCGCUGAAAAGGGAAAGAAACUCGAAAACUUGGGUACUGUGAUGACACUAUAUAGCCGUCGAACGUUCAGUAAAGAAAGUUUUCAAUGGACAAAGUGCGUCGUGAAAUAUCUUUACGACACUUACGCUCAUCUCAGUUACAAUAUGCUUGCUUUUCUCAUCGAAGUACUUGAAAAAGGACCAGCAAACGUUGCUUUACCAGUGUUAAGUAUCAUUCAUUGUAUGCUGCACUACAUCGACAUUUCAUCGCAAGCUGCUCAGCCUACCAACAUCGAAUUGCUCAGAGUUAUAUCAAAAUACGUCGAGGGACCACAGUGGAAGGAGGCUCUAAAGAUUCUAAAACUCGUAGUUACUCGAUCAUCAACUUUAGUUGCUCCACCAACUACCGUACAUGCACCCACCUGGGAAUCAUCAAUAUCCUCACCUCACCCAAGUUUUAAUGACAAUGAAAUAUUCACGAAAAAAGAGUUACCCGGUAGAACAAUGGAUUUUACGUAUGAUGUAUCGCAGACGCCGAUAAUUGGAAAACAAUAUUUGUUACGUCAACUUAACGAUGAAAAAAUUACUAAUUCGCCGAGGAGAUCUAUGUCUUUGUCGCCAGCGGAUAAUGGACCCCAUUCUGGAUGGAAGAGACCGUGGAUGUCUCAGGGCCGCGUUAGAGAAUGUUUGGUCAAUUUAUUAACGACAUGUGGUCAACGUGUAGGAUUACCGAAGAGUCCAUCUGUGAUAUUUAGUCAAAGUUCUGAUUUAAUGGAAAGACAAUCGUCAAUGGCUUCGUCAACAGAAGAAGUAUCUGGUGCAAACAACGAUUUGAGCGGUGGAUCACGACGAGACGACGAGCAGUUUGGUGUGUUUAAAGACUUCGACUUUUUGGAAUAUGAGAGUGAAAGUGUUGAGGGUGAGAGUACAGAUAAUUUCAAUUGGGGAGUCAGACGACGUCCAAUCAGUGAAGGAGAAGAGCAAGAGCCUAGUUUACGUACGUUUGAAGAAAGUCUUAGUGAAAAAACUGUUUCGUCAAGUAAACAAACUAUUAGGAGAGGAGUGGCUGAAGAAUCGUCCGAUGAUGAAAUUGGCUCUGAAUCACCACUGGAUGAAGUGCCUGGCGGUUCCAGUACAGGCCAAGAGGCAACUAGUAUACCUGGAAUUUAUCCUCCGUCUUCCUUAUCAUUGAUUCCAAGUCGAUCAAGGCAUGAUUCUUCAACAAGGUCUGAUACAUCUGGUUCGAGUGCUGGCGAUCUGGGUGAUGUUACACCGUGCAACGCAUCACCAAACCUUUCAGCUUUAAUGCCAUUCAGACAAAUUGUGCGCGACGACGCCGAAGAGAUCUGGCGACAGCAAAUACAGAAUCUAAUCGCUCAAAAUCCAUGCAAUCCUCUCGAAGUUUUUCAGCUUCUGAGUAAAAUUUUGAGAGAUGUGUGUGAUAAAUCAGUUGGGAUUACUCGUGAAGCGUGCGCCUUAUUAAAUAAUGUUUGCGUCGCAUCAUCGCAGCUAGCGUCUCACUUAUCUAGUCACGCGGAACUGCUGGGCUCAAAAGGCGAGCCACCGAUCGUGUGGUUCGCAUCAUCAGUUUUCGCUAGUCAAAAGCUUCACGAAACUCUGAAAUUCGGUUUGUUGGAAAUACAAGAGCACCUAGAGACCAUCUUGGAUCGAAAAGAUCAUGCUUCUGAGUGUUUGCAAUCCGUAAAAACGGCCAACAAAUUGAAUUCUCUCGGUGAAUCUCACUCACAAACGGAAAGCGGUUUUGAGGAAAUGCUUUUAGAUCUUGGCCGUGCUCUCUAUAAACUGCACUUCCAAAUACUCCUUCUCGUUGAGACUUCCAAGAAAAUGCUUGUAGCACUUAUAAGCGCAGCGAAAAAUUCACAGGCUAGCUUAGUAGAUAUGUCUGCGGAGAUUGCUAGCAUGAAACAGUCAUUAGCUCGAUCGAUUGAAAUCGAUAGUGGAGAAAGUGAAAGAGGCACGCCAACACCGAGUCCUAGUCCUCAACCGGAGUCUAUUGACGCGAACAGUGGAAACGAGGAUUUGGUAAAAAUAGCAGAACUACUAAAAGCUGCCAAAUGGACUGCUGCCCUAGAGAUUGUUAGAGUACAUCGAACCCAAUGGGUGGGUGAUCCUUUCCAUGACGACGACGACAUUACUACAGCCGUUAGUAUGUUCUGUAAGCACUUGGGUCAAGACAGAGCAGAUAUUUUUGUAGUUACACGAAGCGAAGAUGACUUAUCUGAAACAUUGGAUGGACUGAAGGAGAGUCUCUUUCGAGUACUCGCCGCGGUGACAAGUCUGGAGGCCUAUACAAAGGCUUUGAGAGUACCGAACGAACACAUGAAUCAUACAAAGGCAAACUGUUAAUUCGAUAUUGAAGCAUAGUUUUUAAAUUAGAUAUUUUCUCUUUUCGAUACCCUUAUAUAGGAUUUAGAAUUUUAUUAAUCGCUGUGUAAACGAGUGCUGUGUAUGUACAGAUCGUGUAUACUAAAAAAUUCCAUGUCAGAAUGAUAAAACUGGCAUGUAAUACUUAGAAAAUCAAUUAAUAAAAAUCUUACAUUUUUUCAAAAAAAAAAAGAUACUUAUUUUAUUUUACAAUUGUUUGUUAUUUGGUGUUUUAUGAUGAAUUUUUUAUAUUGCAGAAUAAUAGUCACGAAAUAGUACAUUACAAUACUAGUGCGGGAAAGUAGAUUCUUGUCUCGUGUGGCGUUUACGCCCGAGCGAAACUCUUUCCCAAACAUGUGUCGUACCGUAU